AUGGCCGAAGUUGCGACAAGCCUCUGCUGGCCAGAGCCAGUGGACGGCAACGGGCAGGAUGGUGCUCUUGUCAAGACCUUGUCGCCAACAGAUGACGUCGUCAACGGGUACCCUGCUGAGAUGAGGUUUCUGGGAAAGAAGCUAAGUAAGAAGAAGAAGAAGAAGGGCGGUAAAGAAAAGACAAUGGUUAGCGAACCUCAGCCCAUCGAAUCGCCUCCUCUCGAAUGCCAAGAAACGACCUUUGCAGAUGAAUCCUUAGCUGCUGAGACAGUCACAAUGGCAAAGGAUGAGGAGCCGUUAUUCGACAUCCCUGAGGCCAUCCAAGGUGACACUAUACCCGCAGAAGACAUAGUGCCGGAGGUCCAGAGCGCUCAUGAGCCAUUACCUGAGUCUCCUGUUCCAGAGCACGUUAAUGGUGACACGGAGACUGAUGUGCCACCACCUGCCCGUGAGGCACAGGAGCUCAUAUAUCUUCCAUUCAGCGCCCAGCAUAAGCUCAUGAUGCAUCUACAGGAGCGCCUUGAGACCAUGUGCUUUUCCUUCGCACAGCGCGUCCUCCCCAAUGCUCUCGAAACCCGCGGUUGGGAUUGUCCCGAAAUGGUCCAGUUGCAUCUUUGGAUGAACUGCCUUAGUUUCCAACAGUAUGUGGAGGAAAGGGUCCCUGGUACGAACGAGCGUGAUCAACUACACAGUUCUAUCAUCGAGAUUUGGCGUUGCGCUACUAUACGCAAGCGAAUUGAUACGACUGUGUUAGAGGCUCUUCUCUCCUCCGCUUUGGAACUAGCCAAAGUUCUCGAGGAGGAACGUUCAGUCAAUGAGCUUGAACAAUUACGAGAUAUUGUCAUCCAAACAACUCAUCGCCUUGCGGAGGAAACUCAUGUAAUUCAGGACAGAUAUGAGACAAAGCUGCAGGACAUCACUGCUGCUCGGGCAAGGUUAGAUGUCAUGGAGGAGAACACCAAAGCCUUGCUUUCCAGGAGGUUGGAGAAGAGUCGUUCUACGGCCAAUGGCAGAAUCAUCAUGCUUGUACGCGAGGCGGAAUGCUCGACCCCAAAAGUAGCCCUCCCUGGUGGUUCAACAACGAGAUCUUGUCUGGAUUGGAUGAACGAUCUUGAGAGUAGCCUGGCUCUUGGCGAGGAUAAUGAGGACUUUGUCAGGUAG